UCGUCGCAAUCGCGCGUCGUCAACAGACAAUCGCAGAAGGCAGGCCGAUGAAACAGCGCGGCUGCGCAGGGAUAGUGGCGUCAUUGCAAUUAAAUACGUUGGUGAGGCGUGCCUCAGGCUGGGAUGGCCAAGUUGCCUUUUUCUGCGGCGGAGUGCAACAGUGAGGGCUACGCCCUUUGUGUGCGCAGCGGUGAUGUGCCGAUCCAACAUGUCUGCGGCGCACGUUCUAGAUGCUACAGCUGGAGUCAUAAGUGUUCUUGGUACUCGGUCGCUAUCCCGUCACAGGCAGAAAUAUGAUGACUCUUCAGAGGUACAUGUCAAUGCCGGAGAAGGAAGCGGCUAUGCCGUCUUAGGCUGCGACAUGCCCCGCCUUCCUGCUCACCUUCACCAUCACUAUAGCUCCAGUCUUAUCCGGCUCGUUACCCACCCUCGAUAUCACCCCGAACCAUCCCUCAUGCAGUCAUAUGUGGCUUGCAGGCCGCACACUGCAAUAUUGCACGCCGGCGCAAAUCUACGCGGGGGGCCUGGAACGGCAAAACUGGCGAGUGAGGUGGGUGGUGCGCGAGAGAGGCGCAGGCAUGAUUGGAGCGCGUGCUGGAGGGGUGCUCGUUUGGGCGAUCAGGUUUUCAGGGCGCGCGUGAGCAGUGCGGGUGUGGAAGGGCUCGCUUGGGCGGGCCCGAGGGUGUGCAGGCAAGACAUGUAAGGAUUAGACCUGGGAGUCAUGUUGACUGCGUGACUGGAGCGUUUGCGCAACAGCGCAAACGAAGCUCGAGGGCCAGGAUGCGCCGGGCAAACAGGAGCUUCACUCAAGUCACGGUGUCACAGAGAAGUGAGAGGUUUGGAAGCGACGUCGUACAAGCAGUGUUUAGAUUCUUGCUAUUCUCAAGUGCAGUGGCCAACGUCAUUGCUGACCUGCGUUCCUUCAUCCCUCUCCUCAACACCCAGGUGGUGGAGGUCCC